GGGAAUCCGCCCACCCGGGUUGCGCAACCGGCGGGGCUAUAAAGAAUGCCUCGUCCUGCUGGAAGCGUUCACCGUGUGCGGCGCGUCGGAGAGGAAGGUGGGCUACCGCUGCAGUCCGGAGCAGACCGUUUACACACCCCCAAGGAAUAUACCGCUUGGUUCCGCGUUGAUUUCGCUGGAGUUUAAGCCCCGCGAUGGUCGAGAGACACGGAACGCUACGGAACAUCACGGCACAGCGAGGCCAGAGCGCACCGCACGCCUCCGGGACCGGGGUCCGGGCCCGCCCCGGGGCCGGGGCCGGGUCAGUCCCGGGUCCCAGGCUAGCAGUGGGACGCAGGCCUCGGCUCCGGCGCUCCGGCAGGGUGCUCUUGGGUCCCCUGAUCCUUCUCUUCGCGGCCAUCUGUGUCCGGCUGCCGGUCUUUGCGGACUCGGCACCAAUCACGGAGCAGCUUAAGGCCCACGGGCACGUGGCUGCCGCACAGCGAUCAGAGCUGGCCCCGCUGAAGGGGCUGUGCCCCCCAGGAUCCCACGUCUCAGAAGAUGGUAGAAAUUGUACCCUGUGCCAGUCUGGAGUUGAGUACACCAGUCAUUCGAAUGCUCUUUCUUCCUGCUUACCCUGUACAGUUUGUAAACCAGAUGAAGACGAGAUGAGCCCGUGUACCAGGACUCGGGAUGCACAGUGUCAAUGCAAACCUGGCACCUUCAGUGGAGAGGAUGUUCCAGAGUUCUGUCAGAAGUGCAAGGCUCGAUGCCCCAAAGGGAUGGUGGAGGCGCAUCCCUGUACCCCCUGGGGAGACGUUGAGUGUGUCCACCAAGGAUCAGGUACCGAGACCACAGGGGAAGCCACUGUUUCUGAGGAGCCGGUGGACAGUGGCCUGGGGUCUCCUGCCUCUCCCUCUCCUCCCUCAGGUGUUCUGAGCAUCGUGAUUGGGAGCGUGGUGGCCCUGGUUAUUCUGGUUAUUCUGGGUGUGUGUGUGUUCAUCCCGUGGAAGAGGUGCACCUGCCAAGGUUGUGGAGAGGACUCCAAGUGCUUGGCAAGAGUCAUGAUGAACAGUUGGCACUUCCCACGAGGGUCCGGGGCUCAGGACAAUGCUCGGAACCAGAUGCUGAGCCCCUCGCAGACCACCUUGGACUCUGCCCAGGAAAACCAAGGCCCGGAGCAGGCAGAGCUGCCGGGAGCCACUGCCCGGAACCCUGUGGAAGCAGAGCCUCUCCUGGAAAGGGGGACGAGUCCCGUGGACGCAGAGCCUCUCCUGGGACAGGACAAGGCUCAAGAGUCUCAGAGGAAAAUGGUGCUUGUUCCAGCAAAUGGUGCAGACCCCACUGAAACUCUGAAGUCGUUCUUCAAUAUCUGUCAAGACUUCGUUCCCUUUAAUUCCUGGACACGGCUCAUGCGGCUGCUGGGCCUGACUGACAAUGAGAUCGCAGUGGCCAGGGCUGAUGCAGCGAGCACUGAGGAGGGUUUCUACAACAUGCUGGACAAGUGGCUCAGCACGAAGGGGCGGGAUGCCUCAGUCAACAGCCUGCUGGAUGCCUUGGAAACACUGGGAGAGAGAAAUGCAAAGGAAAGGAUUCAGAAAUACCUGGUGGACUCUAGACGGUAUAUCUCCCAGGAACACACGGCAGACACCCUGGGCUAUGUGUAUGGGAAUGGAAAGAUUGCUUCUGGAAAUCAAAGCUUCACUUGUUGAACUUUGCUGCUUGAAAGCGAAACACAUUUGUAUCCUAUCCUGGAAUCAGCAGUCAAAAAUCUCACGUGAAUGGUACAUGAAGAAAUUCUGCCACCCAGUGUCAUUCAGCGGUUUAGUGAUUUCUCAUGGAUUCGAAGUCAUUUCUAUACGUUCAGUGGGAUGUGCAAACGGUAGAAAUGUUGAUAGUAUGACUGUAUGUGCAGUCUAUACGUUUGUGGGUAUUGAGCGUGUUCUAAGUCAUUUUUUUCAUUUUGUGGAAUAUUUUAUUUUAAUAGAAAUUGUUUUUACGUCUUGUAUUUA